GUGGAGUAUCUCUACUCUUUGGUUUAUCAGGCGCUCGACUUAAUCUCCAACAAGAAGCGAGAAAAGCUGCCAGCGUCUGUGGGAGAAAAUGGGGUGGAUACAGAUGUCAGCACUGGACCAGAACCAGAAGAGGAAAGGUUCCUGUCUUUGGAUGACAUUCAAGAUAGCAGAGCAAACUCCGACCUGAGGGAUAACCAUCGGCAAAGCGUUGUCAGUGUCGUCCCCUUGACUCCAAUGGCCCUGGUUCCCUCGGAGGAGGCGGAAAAGAAGGACAACCCCCUGUUCAGCCGGAAAGGGGAGAUCUUGGCGAGCCGCAAGGACUUUACCAUGAACACGUGCACCCCCCACGCCAACGGAGCCUUCAUGGUGGAGCUAGCAGGUCUCUCGCCCACUCAGUGCCCACCUGGGAGGAAUGGCGAAUGGGACGGCGGCAACUCCAUGGGAGCCCAGCCCCUUGCCCCAGUGACCGCCGGGGGCCCUAUGGAGACCAGCGUGUGCGAGAUGCCCGUUCUGGCCCUGAACUUCUCUGGGGAUGAAGAAGAGGCAGCGGGACCCGUGUGUGGCGACGAUGACGACGGAGGUGGUGGCGACUUCUUGUUGGACGUCUCGGAUGGGGGACCGGAGGUUCCUGCGACGGCCACGCUGCACGCUCAGAAUCAAGCGAACGUCCCCCAGCAGAAAGGAUACAUGUUGCGGGAGAGACCUCCUGCCCCAGACGGCAAUGUUCAAAUGAAGGAGAUACAAGACCCCUGGCGAAGCCUGGACCCGUUCAGUUCCUCAGAUGACAAGCCUCUGAAGAAAGGUAUGUCGAGGGAGGCAG